AAAUAACAGAAGGCCUUGUGACUGUCAUACCAUUUUUUGUGAAUUAUUAUUUUUACUGUUCAUAUUUGGUUUGAAAAAUCGAGUUAAACAUUUAAAGCUGCAUAUUAUACGACGGAUUUUUAUAAGUUCGUUAUGAAAUACUCUGGUUAAAAAGAGUGGUUACUCUGAAGAAUCAUAGCGAUCAAAAUAUUUGUGCUGGAAUCUGUACCGCGCAUUGUAAACAAUGGCUAGUACCGGUAAUUACCCAGAUGAAGAUUCUAACGACAACAGUAUUUGGAAUAAAAACUUUGAAAACUUAACAAGAAAUGUGAUUAAGGACGGUUAUGCAAAUGGUGUAUCAGAUGGACGUAAUCAGUUGUACCAGAAAGACUUCGAUCGUGGAUAUCAUGAAGGCUUAGCGAUGGCAUUCAAGUUAGCGCAGCACCAUGGUUUCACCAUUGGAGCCCAACAGCUAUUAAAUAAUGAAAAACUCGUGGAAAAGAUCAAUUCGGACCUAAUUCUCAAACAAGAUUCCGCAUUGGCGCAUUGUCAGUUGUGCUUGGACAAAGCAUUGGAGCGUCGACCAUUGGAAGAGGUUGUAUACGUUCAAAGUGAUCAUAACGAAACAGUGAUAGAAAAGCUUAAGGAACGUUAUAGUGUAUUGUUAAACAACUAUAGGAUUUAGGACCGAUGUAUAUUCAAUACUUCUUUCGGUAUCGGUGAUCCUUGAAUACUUUUAUAGAGUCUGUAUUCCAGUGUACUAAGUAGUUGGUAGGUGUAUAUACUGUAGUGACAUUUUGUGUUAUAGCUAUGUUAAAUACAUUAGCAUUUGUACAUCA